AUGAGUCGAUUAAUUAAAAUCAGACGAUUAUUUCGAACAUAUACAUUUUUACAUAUUUUUCUAAAAAUAAACAUUUUAUCAAUUUUCAUAUAUUUUCUUCUAACCAUAAUUAACAACUAUCGAUUUCCCAAUAUAAAUUAUCAUGCAUCUACUGUACGAGAUCGUGAAGAAUUACGAUUAGCUCAUCUACGCACAUUAAUGUAUGAUUGGUACCAUCAAGGAAAAAUACCGUUUGUUUACCAACCACCACAAUCAUCAUUGUCAAUUUUAAGUAAUAAACAUGGUAUUGUCAUUAGUAUCAUGACGUCGAAUCGUGUUCAAUAUCAAAUUGAUGAUUAUCAACCGGAUUAUUUAACUCAAUCUUUAUCAACCUUAAUUAAACUAAUAUUUGAAGAUAUUUCAAGGUAUGGUUACCGAUUUAAAUAUAUCAAUAUAAUGAUCUGUUUGAAUGGAACCAAAAUAAAUGAAUUGUCUAAUGUACAUGAAAUUAUACGACUUGUUGGUCAGCAUGCAAUUUAUCCAUUGCGUUCUAAUCAAUUAUCAACUUAUAGGAAUUUAUCUGUUAAUUAUCAAUUUGUGAGAGAUAUGUCGACCUGUAUGCUGAAAUCAGUUGAUUUAGUUAAAAAACAAGAACAUAAUCAUAGUGAUUAUAUACUUAUCAUACAAGAGGAUAUGAUUGCAAUGAAUAAUUUAUUUGAUGUACUAUGGGGAUUAAUGCAACAAUCUAUGAAUAAUAUUCGUCAUUAUCAUGACCAUCAUAGACUUGGUAUGAUCCAAUUGUAUUCACAUAAAAACGUAAUGAAAUUUCCAUUUUAUCAUAAAAUUGAUAGACAAUUAUUUGAGUUAACAUUUGCUUGCCUACUAUUCAUUACAUUCAUUGCAUUUUUUAUUUAUUUACAUGUAGCAUUUAAACAAUCAUCAUCACAGUAUGGAUUAUAUAAAUUCUAUUUAAUGCUUAACUUAUUCUUUACAUUGUUUACUUUAAUUUGGUUGUAUGGAUUUAAUAAUUUAUUGAUUCGAUUAUCUAAUUUAUUUAUCUCUUAUAAUGGUGUUUUUCAACUCAAAAGUCAAUCGUACUACGCUAAAACUGAUAUGAUUAUGGCUAAUUUAUAUUCAAGUAUACAAGUUAGACAAAUCAGUCAUUAUCUAAAAUCAGUUGCACCAUGUGAAAAUUCCUUAUGGUAUUUAAAACAGGAUGAAUCAAAAUGUGCUCAAUUGAUUACAUCAUAUCUUGUGUCAAAUGCUAAACAAAUAUUUAGUGUAUAUAGAAAUGUAUUUAAACAUUGUGGAUUGUAUUCGAAUGAAGAAAAAAGAAUGCUGAAUCCAGCUGAUGUCGAAUAA